CUCAGAGUCAAACAGGAAGUGUGACGUUCAUGACGUGCGCUGCGUCAGUGACGUGCUUGAAGCAUGUUUUGUAGUGCAGAAGCCGAGAUGUUCUAGGUUAAAAACAAUCCUGUUGUAUUUUAAGUCAUGAGAUUUAUUUUUAAUUUGUCGGUUAAGUCAUCAACUAUUUGUUUUAUAAGCCUUGUUUCGCGUUUUAUUUACUUAAAAACUUCAUCGUCCCACGUCUUCACUCUUGUUUAAAUGAAUUACAACCCGUAGGAAAUACUUAAAGUGUCAACAUGCCCGUCCAGUGCAGUAACUGCAUUCAGAAACGGGCCGUGCUCAAGCGGCCCAAGACUGGACACUCCCUCUGUAAGGACUGCUUCUUCUGGGCUUUCGAGGAGGAGAUCCAUCAAACCAUCGUGUCUGCUGGACUCUUUAAUCGCGGGGAGACCGUGGCCAUCGGUGCCUCGGGUGGGAAGGACUCCACCGUCCUGGCCCAUGUGAUGAAGGUCCUGAACGAGCGCUACGAUUACGGGCUGAACCUUUUGCUGCUGUCCGUGGAUGAGGGCAUCACGGGUUACAGAGACGAUUCCCUGGAGACGGUGAAGAGGAACCAGCAGCAGUAUGAGCUGCCGCUGAAGAUCGUGUCUUAUGAAGAGCUGUACGGCUGGACGAUGGAUGCCAUCGUGAAGCAGGUGGGCUUGAAGAAUAACUGCACGUUCUGUGGUGUGUUUCGCAGACAGGCGCUGGACAGAGGAGCCAUGAUGCUGAAAGUUGACAAGAUAUGCACAGGUCACAAUGCAGACGACGUGGCAGAGACGGUGCUGAUGAAUGUCCUGCGUGGGGAUAUCGCACGUCUUCGGCGCUGCACCGCCAUCAGCACGGCCAGCGAAGGAGAGGGCGCCAUUCCACGCUGCAAGCCACUUAAAUACGCCUAUGAGAAAGAAAUCGUCCUCUACGCCUAUUUUAAGAAGCUUGAUUACUUUUCCACAGAGUGCAUCUACUCUCCAAACGCCUACCGGGGUCACGCUCGCGCCUUCCUCAAAGACCUGGAGUCUAUCAGGCCCAGCUCCAUCAUAGACGUCAUCCACUCCGGGGAGACGCUCUCUGUAAAGGACGGGGUGAAGAUGCCGGUCCAGGGAACGUGUUCGCGCUGCGGCUAUAUUUCCAGUCAGGCUUUGUGUAAGUCCUGUGUUCUGCUGGAGGGCCUGAAUCGAGGUUUACCCAAGCUGGGCAUUGGAAAACAUCACCGUCUGCAUGGCAAAAUACUGGCUCAGGAGCCUCUGACCGAACAGGAAGAGAAGAAGCUGAAGGCUGUGGACUUUUGACACCAAAUCAAGACUAGAUUUUAAAAAUGGGACAUUUGAGUUUUUUAAGAUGCUUGGGAUGAAUGUGAGAUGUUUUCAUUUGUUUUAUUCAAAGCGUGUCAGUCUCCAGAGAUUGUUUGAAUUUCAUCCACUGCUAACUGAAAGUCACAUAUCUUAAUAAGAUAAGAGCAAAUUACAAACUUUGCCAUUCAAAACCAGAGAUACUCGUUUUAAAGACAAACAUGAACUUGCACCACAUUCACUUCAGGAGAAACAUAUCAGAUGCUUAUGUUUUGUUUAGAUUUUUUACUUAAGAUCAUGACAAUAAAAUUAUUAAAGGGG